GCCGCCCGCCCGCGGCCGGAGGGCUCGCGCCGCUGAGGGCAGCGCAUCCUGCGGCGUUGGCCGCUGGCACCAUGCGGACCUCCCCGCUCCUCCUCCUCCUCCUCCUCCCGGCGCAGCCCUUGCUCUAGAGCCCGGUGCGGCGGGGAUGCUGCGGCGGGAGGCGGGCGGCGGGGCUCACCCCGCGGGGCCCCGCUCCGCUCCCGGCUCCCCGCGCCGGGCCCCGGCCGCCGUGCUGCUGCCUCCGCUGCUGCUGGUCGCCAUCGUCGCGCUCGCACCCGGCGCCCGCGCGGAUCGGGGUAUCAGGCAACAGCUUGUCAACAUUGCUCCUUCUACAGAAUCUUUUCCUAACUGGAGAACUAUACUAUCACCAACAUGGCCUUCCACAGAAACUAAGACUUCCUCUGUCGCUGAUAUUUCUAUGGGACAGACUUUGGAGAAUGCAAAUUUGCUUCAGAUGAUAAAAACAACACUGACUGGCACACAUACAAGAACUUUGGAUCAAACAAACCUGUCUCCCACCCUUUAUCAAGGCAGUGGAAGUAGUGCAUCCCAAGAACCUGCUGAAGUUUCUGCUGAGUCACCCCUGAGGUUGUCAUCUCAAGAUCCAGAUGAAACAGCUGUGGAAUCAGGUUUGCCUCAACUCGGUAUGUUUGCCACAUUAUCCACUAUACCAUCAGUGACACAUUUGAGCACAGCUGUGCCAUUUCAGCUAACACCAUUAGAAACACCUUCCAUUUCAAAAGAAAGCACAUCAGGACCAGACAUGCUUGCUGCUGUUCCAUCUCCAUUAUUUUCUUCAUUGGCAAAACAGUCACCUCAUACCAUUAAUUUUUCUAAAUCAGCUGUACUGGCCUUCAGAGUUCCUCUGUCUGCAGAGCCUGAAAGUUCCUUCAGCACAGAUUCGACCAACUCUCAGGUUAGUGAAAGCAGAAAUAGUCCUUUAAGUGUGGUCAGUGAUGUAAGUUCCAGCAUGGUGAAUCAAAGAAAGGGUCCUGAGUUUUUGAUGGGCACCAUGUCUUUCAAUCUCUCUGGAUCAACAGUGCAUCCCACCAAUAUAGUGGGAAAAGAGUUUCCUUCAGGAAGGACCUCUUUUUUAUCAGAAUACUCUAAUACUCCUGUGUCAAAAAUAUUACAUCAGUUUUCUAUGCCAGUAACUUCCAGAAGCAUGUUAUGGUUUCUGAAUGAAAGUAUGCAUAAUGUAGCUUCUACUGGAGUGAAACCCAACAGACAGUCACUUAAGCCUCUGAUUGGCAGAAAUGAUGAUGUUACUCCUCUGUCUCCACCAGUUUUACAGAAUAAAGCAGAGGUUCCAGCGUUAUUCUUCCAUCCUGUGGGUACUCCACAUAAAAUGCCUCAGAUGAGUCAUCAUCAGUCUUCCACAGCACUUAGUAAUUGCACUACAGGCUCUACCACUGCACCUUUCAUGUCAUCAGCUUCCCAGAGCCUGGCUGAGGUCUCCAGCUCAACAGAGAGCAUGCCUUCCCUUUUGUUGCCAAAAUCAUUUAUUCCAGAUGCAAAGCACGCUCACAAUGCAGUGCUGCCAGUACCAGCAUUUAGAAGUGAAACAGAUUUUCUUUUUAGAAAUGCAACACACUCCUCUUCAGCAAGCACAAUGCCUCCUUUGCUAACUGAGACAAAUGAGCUUACCUCUGCUAAGAUAGCACACGCAAACAGUCUAAGCACAGCAACAGCCAACAAGGGUAUUUUGCAAAUCCCUUCCGCCGCUUUCUCGCCGCACUCAGUGGUAUUUCUGAACUGGGCUUUGACAGAAGACCUCACUAAUGGAGCUCAUGAAGCAAAUGGCAUGCUGUUGCCAACUGCUUCGUCACAACCCGUCCCAUAUUCUGAUGGCUCUUCUGUGGUGAGAACAACUCAACAGUUUUUGACAAGAUGGGUGACAGCAAAAAUAUCCACAGACUCUAACCCUGAUUUUGUUCUGCCUUAUGGCUCUCAGCUUUCCAAAGUUUCUCCCGAUAUCCAUGUCAGCAAAUUCUCCGGAGAGUUAAAGCUAUCAGGAACUGCUUUGGAAACGGGAAUGGCUGCUCCUGGUCUUGCUGCUAUUACAGGACUUUCAAAUCCUGAGCUUGCUGUCACGAGUACAUCUGCUACUACAGGUAUCUCUGGAACUGUGCAUCUUCCAUCUGUUGAUGCAGACAGAACUGCAGAUGAAGACAGAAGUAUGGGAGUACCCACUGUUAUAACCCCACAUGGAGACUAUUCACCACCAAGAACCUUGACUCAGCUUCAUUUUACCUCGGGUUGGACUUCACGUUCCGUUGAUGCAGAGCAAUUAGUCUCUGUGCCUCCAGCACGGACUACCCUGCCAUCCUUUGUUUCCAUGACAACAGUGAGUGACAGCCACGGCUCAGGUUUCUCUGGGAUUUCAAGUGCAGCCUCUGAAAGCAAUAUAGCUCCAGUCAGCUCUCCCAAACUCGCAGUUUCACCUUCUGUGUGGACUAACGCAGUGUCUUUGUCCUCAGCUGACACUAGCAUUUCUCUGGUAAAAAAUUCAGUAAAAGCGGCAGUAAGAGAAGUUCCUCUGAGUACUUCUACGUCAGCAACUGAGUAUCAUUCGCUGUACUCAGUAGCUUCAGGUCUGCAAAAGAAAAUGAGAACAAAUAAUCAGCUGCUUUUCUUUGCCCCUUCAACAAAGUACACACACACAGUGUCUGGUCACAAUGCUUUGCACUUACCUGUCACUGGAGCAAAGCUAGACAGUUUUCCAGAACUUGUUAUAGAUGUGUUUGCCCUGAAAACAUCUCCUGUCCUGCAUCCAUCCCUUACUACCAUAAUUCCUGCCACCUUGCAGAAGAAGAAUGGAAACACAGCUGAAAACAUGAUUAAUUUCUUCACCACUGGGGACAUUGAUACCAGUGCACAGUAUGAAGCACUGCUCCAUUUGCACGUGCCUCAUGUUAAUGAUACAGGUGUUUUUCCCAGCUUUCUAGAAUCUCAAACAACUGCUGCUGGAAAGAUGACUUUACUGGCAAAAACCUUUAACACAACAGCAGCGUUGGCUUUUCAGCUCCCUGACAACUCAUCUCUUUCAGCCAGCUAUGAAAUUGGUGCUGCCCGCAGCACGCUGCCAACCAAGCCUCCUGUUCCUGUAACCAAGCCUUUUAGCUCAGCUCUCUCACAUAGUUCUGUUACAGAAGAAGAUAUUGGUUCUGGAAAUCUGGAGUUUAUUGAUAGCCGGUUAGAGUCCUCUGGUUAUUUGGUCGUGGCUGAUAAAAAUCCAGCUAUAUUAAGUGUGGAGGAGUUGGGCACAAGUGCUAUGAGGCAGAGUCUAGAUUCCACUAGUAUAUCUAAUAACACCACUACGGGUGUGCCUUUGCAAACCCCUUCUAUCAGUGCUCUGCAGUCAGUCAUCAUAACUUCUGUCCAUCCAUUACCAACACAACUAACUUCUGCUUUUUUUUCAACAACCAACUUUACCCGUUCUGUCAUUACAGUGUUAUCUGGAGUGUCUUCUGGUGCAAUACCUACGGUAGGAACUUCAGAAGCAAAACCACUAACAAGAAAAUCAUCUCCAGCUUCACCAGUGCCAGCUUCUUCCUUCUUGUCGCUAGGCACUGAAAACACACCUUUGCCAUCUGUGAUGGCUUUAAACACUCCAGUACUGACACUAACAAAAAAUAACACUGCCACAAAAUUAACCUCAAUUCUUAGUUCAGUAGGAGCACAUACAGAUCUUCCUUUUGCAACAAGAAACACAGCUGCCUCACCUGUGGACAUGACAGCUAUGUUUAUAACUCCUAAAAGCAGCAGUGUCGUGGCUUCCACGCCUGCACCCACAGCACACAUACCAAGGCAGAUAAAAACAACAGUCACUGACAGCCAGAAAUUCCCAAGCUCAGAAAUCACCAAAACAUCAACCCCAUAUCCACUGACAAUUACAGCAGCUUUGACAUCUAUUACAGCAUCAGCGAAAGCAACUAGGCUUCCCCCUACUCGAGUGGAAAACACUUCUGCUCCUUCAGAAACAACAGCAGCAUCAGCUUUUGCUAACAUGACUGCAGCUCCUCCACUGGAUUGCCGGCUCUCCUGGAACCUAAUGGUUAAAACGGUUCUGUUUCUGAACACGAGGAGGAUGAUGAUCAGCAAAUCCUUCAAGGAGAGUGUGACAAAAGGGCUUAACCAGGCGCUGAGACAAGCUUUCAACCAAAAUGUCAGCACUCAGGUGGAAAUCCUGGAGCAAUCAAGUAACAUCACAGUUGGUUACUAUGUUACACGAGGGAGACUGGUUUUUAUACCAGCUGCUGUAAUUGAAAGACUAAUUGCCUAUGGUAUCAGCAAUGCCACAGCAGACUUAAAGCAACACGUUCUGAGUCUUCAGUCCAUUGUGGCCCUGGCAAUGCCAUGGAAGCCACUUCCUGCGUACCACUUCCAGCUGAAGACAGAGCUGCAGUUUGUAAGUCAAACAGAUAAUAUACAGUCAUGCAGAUUUGUUCAGACGAUGGAGCAAAGGUUACAGAGAGCAUUUCAAGAUGCCGAAAGAAAGGUCUGGAACACCAGCAACAACCUAACAGUUCAGAUUUUGAAUACCUCCAAAGUCUCUCAAGCUGUCACUCUGUUUUAUGUAGUCAACAAUCGAAGCACAACUUUAAAUGGCACGAUUUCCAGCAACCUUCUUAAUCAGCUGUCAGCUGAGCUGGUGGGUUUCUAUCUAACCUACCCACCUCUCACCAUUGCAGAGUCUUUGGAAUAUCCCAACCUCGACGUCUCAGAGUCAACUAGAGACUACUGGGUGAUCACAGUUAUACAAGGGGUUGAUAUUGCGUUACUGGGACUGAACAAUCAGAGCUUUGCGAGAUUAAUGGAGCAGCGCUUGGCCCCGCUGUUCAUGAUGUCCCAUCAGCAAGGAAGACGCUUUAAACGGGCCACCACUGUGGGCAGCUACACUGUGCAGAUGGUAAAAAUCCAAAGAAUUCCAGGACCCAAGGAGCCAGCUGAACUGACAUACUAUACUUUGUACAAUGGGAAACCUUUGUUGGGCACCGCAGCUGCCAAAAUUUUGAGUACUGUUGACUCCCAGCGGAUGGCCCUGACGCUGGGUUAUGUGAUUCAAGUUCAAGCUGAUCCUGUGGUGAAGAACCCACCGAACAACCUGUGGAUCAUUGCAGCAGUGCUGGCUCCCAUUGCGGUGGUUACAGUCAUCAUCAUUAUCAUUACAGCAGUUCUGUGCAGGAAAAACAAGAAUGACUUCAAACCGGAUACCAUGAUGAACCUGCCUCAAAGAGCUAAACCAGUACAAGGCUUUGACUAUGCCAAGCAACAUCUAGGUCAGCAGGGGGCCGAAGAUGAAGUUUUACCAGUAACUCAGGAGACUGUCGUACUUCCACUUCCAGUCAGAGAUGCUCCUUCCUCCCAGGAGAGAGAAAUCACUCAGGAUGGGAGCACUAUUAAAACAGCCCAAUCCAAUGAAACAAGGAAAAGUCGGUCCCCGAGCCAGAAUGGCUCCAUCAUCAGCAACGAGUCGGGAAAGCCCAGCUCCAGCCGGAGCUCCCCGCAGAAAGUCGUGGCACCGCAGAAAGUGACAAAAGACGAAGGCAGGAAAAGAAACGUACCCAUCAGUGAUGAAGAGGAAGGAGGCAUUCUCUUUGAUAACAUUGCCAAAUCUGCCAUUGACCCCUUUGACACCUCUUCUGGAUCUGUACAGCUGAUUGCUAUCAAACCUGUGGCACUACCUGCUGUUCAUGCUGCAUCAGAUAGAAGUCAGGAAUCUGCCAUCAUUAAUGGAGAGGUGAACAAGGCUUUGAAGCAGAAGUCCGAUAUAGAGCAUUACCGCAACAAGCUGCGUUUGAAAGCCAAGAGGAAGGGGUACUAUGAUUUCCCACAGGUUGACAACAGCAAGGGGUUGACAGACAGAAAAAGGAUGUAUGAGAAAAACCAGAAAGAAAUUGACCAUAUUUUGGAUCCCGAUCCAGAUGUUUCAUCUCCGUUUGCUGAGCCUAAGAACAGGCAACAGAUGAAGAACUCCAUAUACAGAAGCCGUCAGUCUUUGAACAGUCCUAGCCCAGGAGAAACUGAGAUGGAUCUCCUAGUGACUCGAGAAAGACCUAGGCGUGGAAUCCGUAACAGUGGAUAUGAUACUGAGCCUGAAAUUAUAGAAGAAACAAAUGUUGACCGUGUCACUGAGCCUCGGAACUACACCAGGUCCCGUCAGGCCAAAGGCCACUCAGAGACCUCAACUUUAAGCUCUCAGCCCUCCAUUGAUGAGGUUCGACAACAGAUGCAUAUGCUCUUGGAAGAGGCUUUCAGCCUGGCCUCUGCAGGUCACGGAGGACAGAGCAGGCAGGAGGCCUACAGCUCCGCACCACACUUGCCCUAUUCAGAGGUGGUGACCAGCGCUCCUGGUACCAUGACCCGACCUAGAGGGGGUGUGCAGUGGGUGCCCACAUACAGACCAGAAAUGUAUCAGUACAGUCUACCAAGACCAGCUUAUAGAUUUUCUCAGCUUCCUGAGAUGGUGAUGGGCUCUCCUCCUCCUCCUGUCCCUCCUAGAACUGGUCCUGUGGCUGUUGCCUCUCUCAGGAGGUCUACAUCAGAUAUUGGCAGCAAAGUGAGAAUACCAGAGUCCAGUGGGGUGGAUCAGGCCCAGCAUCACGAUCCUGCAUCUUAUGCACCUGGUUCAAGAGCUCCAAUGCCUGUAGGCCCACUUGAUCAAUCGACUUUUCACUCAGGUAAUACAGUACCAGCAGUGUUUGCCAUACCAGCAGCAAACCGACCUGGCUUCACAGGCUAUUUUAUCCCAACACCACCCACAGCAUAUAGGAACCAAGCUUGGAUGCCCUAUGCUGGGGAAAAUGAAUUACCAGGGCAGUGGGCAGACUCAGUUCCGCUCCCUGGAUACAUCGAGGCUUAUCCAAGGCCCCGCUACCAACACAAUUCUCCUUCACGACUGCCUCGCCAAUACAGCCAAUCAGCAAGCAUGCAUCCCAGCUUGGAACAAGCUCCUUUGCCCUCUGCCACAGCUUCUCAACAGAGCCUGACAGAAAACGACCCAUCCGAUGCUCCUCUCACCAACAUUUCUACAGCUGCCUUAGUAAAGGCAAUAAGAGAAGAAGUUGCUAAACUGGCCAAGAAGCAAACAGAUAUGUUUGAGUUCCAGGUUUAAUGUCUUUUGUGCACAGCAUUUGUAUCUUGUAACUUGAAGCAGCCAAGAAAGUGACCUCUUUAAUUCUCACUUACAAACCUGCAGUGAACUGUGCAAAGUGAUGGCAUUUUUCUCCAUCUGAAAAGUCAACACUAUGAAAUGACUUAGAGUAGAGCAGCAGGACCCUGAAGAUAUGUAUUCUCCUUGCCAGCUGAGGAAAUGCUGCCAGGUAACUCUUUGAAAUGGAUAAUAUUGAUCACAUGCGAGUGUUUGUCACUUGGCGCUCAUACUGUGACCCAUCACCUCUAGAGAUGCUGCUGUACGUGUCAGUGCCAUGCAAUGUUUCAGUUGCAGGCCCAAAUACAGAGCUGCUGAAGAAAAUGUCUUCUACAUGUCAAAACCUUAUUUCUUUGAUUAAAGAAGAAAAAGGAUGGAAAGUAGCAAGCUAAAGGCCAUGGUAGGCAUGGCAGCCACAUUAAUUUUUUGUUGUGGGACAUUGUGCAAGGAAUGUUGAUUGAAUUUAUCUGCGUCACUGCAGCCUUUUCAUUCUAGAGACUGUAACCAAACCAAAAGAAUCUGAGAUGAGUAAGUAAUACUAAUAAAUGUCCUGUGAAUAGCCCCAAUUCUUUUCAUCCUAUUUACAGUAUAAAGAAGUGAAAGAAGAGAAGACUGUGAGGAGACUAAUGAUAUUUUGAUAGUUAAUGGUUACCUUGUCCAUGAAUGCCACUGAUGAGUUAUGGAGGAGAUUUUUUCUAUGUGAGAGAGCACAAUCUGUGAAGAGCUAACAAAGGAAACUGGUGCUAGAAGUUUCCAGGAGAAAUGAAAAAAGGUUAUUUGUGUUUGCUCUAUAUUCAGGCUUUUCACUCUGAAUGCAUGUGAAGCUGGUAAACAUGAGAUCUUUGAGCAAGCCUUUCCAACUGGGAAUAGUGAAUACACCUGCUUGUACAAGACAACCUCUGUUUGACACAGUGCUUUUUUCUCUUUCUCAAAUAAUGCUAUCUACUGAAUUGCUACCUGAAGCCGCAGUUGAUCAGUCUGGAACAGUGCUUACACAUGUAGGAAGUUCUGAAUGUAGAGGACCUGAUUAUUAUAUUAACAUGUAAAUAAGAAUACGAUUAAAUGGAUUUACAAAAACACUGGCGUGCUUUGAAACAAGAGGGCAUUUCUGGAAAUGAUGCUGACUGUACAUUGCUCAAGAUAAAAAUAACUAAUAGUUAAACUACAUUAUUGUAUGAAUCCAAUCCUGAAAGAAAAUCAGACCAGUUGAAUAGGACAGUAGUUUGUCUUUUGCAGUUGUACAGAAUAGUUGGAGAUGAUGAACAAUUGUUUUCAGUUCCUUUGGCCACUAGCUUCGGGAACUGAAGUUGUUGCAAAAUACAUUGUAUUGGGCAUGUCUGAUGUCAACUGGAGUUAAAGGUAAUGUCCUUCAUUUCAGUAAGUUAUUUAGUUAUUCUCAACUGCCUACGUUAUUUUGUUUGAUCAUUUCAUUUUCUUGAAUUUCUUUGGUCUUUACCAAGGUGAGAAAGAGAGCUUAGUUUAGCUUUUUGGCCAUCAGUAAAAUGAGAGGUAUGAGACUAGAGCAGGGGAAAGAGAAGAAACUGAUGAAGCACAAACUUUUAAUACAGCACUAUUUUUUCCCCCAAAUGAUUAUAUAAUAAACCCUGUUAGAGAUCAUGAUAUAUAGUUAUCCUAGAAUACACUGACAUCUGCUCUGAGACCUCCGAUGUAUUGCAGAAUCUUUAGGAAUGCUAGCUGAUCUUUAAACUAUUGUGAAAUUUCAUUUUUAUGAUUUAAAAAUCAAAUAUAAAUAAAAUGUAUUUUUGUAAUCUCAAUGUAUAUACUUGCUGUAUGGUUUAUACAAGUGACUGGUCUGCAAUAGUCGGAAGAUUUCCAUAAACCAAGUGCAAAAAAACCCCAAGAAAACAAAAAAAAAUGGAAACAGAUAAAUAAUUUUAAUGAUCAAUAUUAACAUGCAGCAUCUGGAAUACACAAAUACACAUUUGGGUGACUUGGACACUGAGCAACCAAAGAAACUGGAUCUUUUGUGUAAAUACAAGUUUGCUAAAGACAGGCUACCAUCUCAUUUACCUGUCAGCUAAUUAAUACUGAUCUAAUCCGUGUAAUACAAGAUGUCCAAAUGUCUUUUUGUGUUAAUAGCUGCCUAAACAUGUUGUGUUUAAAAGUAACUUAAAAAUAAAGGGCCAAACUCAGCAUGCUAUAAAGUGGUGAGUUCUGUUUGGCUUCAGUGGGAACUCAGCUCUCUGAGAGCAAGGCUGAGCUUUUCUGUUAGCUUUUGUUCAAACGUGCAAAUUUCACUAGAAUCACCUGAGCGCUCCUGUGCUUAUUUUUCAUUUGCUGUAACAGAAGUGCAGACAUAAUUUAAGAGCAGCUUACAGUUAUUUAAGCCUGAGCUGGUUCAUAACCAGAUUAAGCUGCCUUGGUAAGGGAAAUCUGCGUUAAAUUGUGUCAGCUGCUUUGGGCAUCAGCUUUAUUAACUUACAUUUUGAGUGAUUAUUCUAGAUAAUCCAGUGAAAUUUUGUAUGUAGAUAGGCCCUUCUAUGCAAUGGGAGUGAAAUACCCUGUGAAAUAAAUUUCUGUGUCUUUGACUCGAGUUUUGCAGGGUUAUCUUAAAGCUGCAAGUGUGGAAGCAGCAGCAGCCCUGCAGACUGGGAAAGCUCAUGAUGCCACGUAUCCCCAAAAGAGUCAGAGGAGGUAGGAUGUACCAGAUCUGAACAGCAUCUUUGGGACACUUAGCUCUGUUUGUAAAUCUGUACCCAUUCUUCGACUUCAGUGAUUUAGUAAUGCCAUCAGAAAGUGUGUUAGUGUAAAGCCUAGCAUCUAUCUGCCAUACUGAAACUGAAAAAGUUUGGAAAUUGCAUGCAUGGUACAGGGUGUGAAUGCCCAUAUGCAAACAAAAUGAACAAAAUAGAAAACCCUAACACCGGAAGAACCUCUUAAACAGCCUUCUAUUCCCGUAAAGUUAAACCAAGUACUCUUCAUACAACUGAGGAAGACCUGUUAGACUUCCGAAAUUAAUUUUGUUUGGUAUUGUACUGAUGAUGUGCAGUCUACUGAAUAUCCCCUGAAUCAUCCCUCUGAAACCAUUGUGGUGCACUUUAUUCACAAAGGUGUUUUACAUUCUUCGUUCAUAAUGGCUUUCUAUCUUAUUUGUAAUAUGUUUCUGUAUUUUUUUGACGUACAAAGUAAGAUUAUACCAAGACAGUAAGGACAUUCCUGUGUAAGAAAAACAUGCUGUAAUAUUUAUACUGUCCGAGCACAAAGCAAUGAUAAAGUGAAAAUAUAGUGUACAAAUAAUUUGUAAAAUAAUAAACAUUUUGUAUGGCUACAAUUAGA